AGAAAACUUCAUGAUAAGUGUUGCCCUUUAGCAGGAGUAUUAUCAGUUUGGGGUCAAAAGGGGGGGUGCACUGAGAAUCCUGGAGCCAGAAAAUAGGACAGCAUCUCUGAUUAACCUCACAGCUAAGAUGUUGUAUCUGGAGAACAAUGCACAAGCUCAAUAUAGUGAGCCACAGUACACAAACCUGGGUCUGCUCAAUAGCAUGGAACAGCAGAUCCAGAAUGGCUCUUCAUCCACGAGCCCUUACACCAAUGAACAUGCUCAGAAUAGUGUCACUGCACCAUCUCCAUAUGCUCAGCCAAGCUCUACCUUUGAUGCCUUGUCUCCGUCUCCAGCCAUCCCAUCAAACACUGAUUACCCUGGACCUCACAGCUUCGAUGUCUCCUUUCAGCAGUCCAGCACAGCAAAGUCAGCCACUUGGACGUAUUCUACAGAUCUCAAGAAGCUUUACUGCCAGAUUGCCAAAACAUGUCCGAUCCAGAUCAAAGUGAUGACUCCCCCUCCACAGGCUGCUGUCAUACGGGCAAUGCCGGUGUACAAGAAGGCUGAACAUGUGACCGAGGUGGUAAAGCGAUGCCCAAACCAUGAGCUCAGCCGUGAAUUCAAUGAAGGUCAGAUAGCACCUCCUAGCCACCUGAUCAGAGUAGAGGGAAACAGCCACUCACAAUACGUAGAAGAUCCGAUCACUGGUAGACAGAGUGUACUGGUACCCUAUGAGCCUCCUCAAGUUGGCACCGAGUUCACAACAAUAUUGUACAAUUUUAUGUGCAAUAGCAGUUGUGUUGGAGGGAUGAACCGGCGGCCUAUUCUGAUCAUUGUCACACUGGAAACAAGAGAUGGUCAGGUGCUUGGCCGAAGAUGUUUUGAAGCUCGUAUCUGUGCGUGUCCUGGGAGGGAUAGAAAGGCAGAUGAGGACAGUAUUCGCAAGCAGCAAGUGACAGACAGCAGCAAGAAUGGGGAAGGUAUGAAGCAAUCAUUCAGGCAAACCACGCAUGGCAUCCAGAUGACUUCUAUUAAAAAGAGAAGGUCGCCUGAUGAUGAGGUGUUGUACCUUCCUGUAAAGGGACGUGAGAUAUAUGAAACUCUGUUGAAAAUCAAGGAGUCUUUGGAGCUCAUGCAGUACCUGCCCCAGCACACUAUUGAGACAUAUAGGCAGCAGCAACAGCACCUUCUCCAGAAACAGGACAGAAGCCUACAGAGCAACAUGACUGGUCCAAGAAAUACAGGGAGGAGUGACACCUUCUCCAUACAGCAGUGGCAAAAAAGAAUGCAGAACAGUCACAACUACAUGGAACACAAUCUAAAGCAUUCUCCAGUAGAACAAGAUGUCAGAGAUGAAAGUUACCUAAAUGAACGGUCUUCAUUACAAGUGCAGCCUUCAUUUGGGUCCCCCUCCCCACCUCUCAACAAAAUGAACAGCAUGAACAAGCUUCCUUCUGUCAGCCAACUGAUGAAUCCACAGAGGAACUCGCUUACCCCAAACAACAUGUCAGAUGGCAUGGGGGCUAACAUUCCCAUGAUGAGCACCCACAUGCAAAUGGCCGGGGACAUCAAUGGACUGAGUCCCUCUCAGACGUUGCCCCAGUCUUUAUCCAUGCCGUCCACCUCACACUGCACACCACCUCCACCAUAUCCCUCAGACUGCAGUAUCUCCAGUUUUUUAGCGAGAUUGGGAUGUUCAUCCUGUCUGGAUUAUUUCACUACCCAGGGUUUGACCACAAUCUAUCAGAUUGAACAUUACUCUUUGGAGGACUUGGCCAGCCUGAAAAUCCCAGAGCAAUACCGCCAUGCUAUCUGGAAGGGUCUUAUGGAGCACCGACAAAUACAUGAUUUCUCAUCACCCCCUCAUUUGCUCCGGACCACCAGUAGCGCUUCCACCGUAAGUGUGGGCUCCAAUGAAUCCCGUGGGGAGAGAGUAAUCGAUGCUGUACGCUUCACACUACGUCAAACCAUCUCCUUUCCUCCCCGAGAUGAGUGGAAUGACUUUGGUUUUGACAUGGACAACCGCAGGAACAAGCAACAGCGUAUCAAAGAAGAGGGCGAGUGAAGCUUUCCUCAUAUGUACUUUAAAAUGCUUCAAACUGCCAUAUAGCGCCACCAUCAAGAUACGUAGCUUGGGACUCCAACCUGCUACAAGCACUGCAUAAAAAUUUGUGUGUAUGUGCGUAUAUAUUUGUGUAUUUUAUAUAUAGAUAUACACACGUACACACACAUAAUGAUUUAUUGUUAUAUUUAGAUUAAAAGUCAUUGGAACAAGAAAGAUAGAAUGGGUGGUGAGUAAGGGGUAGAGAUUGGAUGAAUGUAAGAGUUGAUACAGAUAUAAAUGAUGUAUUGGAUCAUGGAUGGACAAACAAGUUGGGAAACAUUUUGAGCAGUGUGAAAGUUGAGGCUAUAACAUUAGAAGAAGGGGCAUGGAACUUGACUUAAUGAUAAAGUGUACAUUGAACACACAAAAAGCUAAACCAUCCAUUAAAUUAUUUGCAGUAAAGACAGAAUCAGAGGAUAAGGAGGAGCCCAUUGUACAGCUAGGGACUGGGGUUAGAAGUGGGAGAUCAUGGUAAUAUGCAGCAACAUAUAGUAGGGAAAAAUUCUCCCUCAUACCGUUCUGUGCCGUCUCACAUCCCAUCCAUUAAAUCAAUAUAAACAUAGCUGAAAUUAGUUUAUCGUAAAUAACAUGGUAAUGAAUUGCUAAGUUAAUAUAAUUCUGUACCACUCAGCAUCUGAAGAGUUUGCAAGUCUGAAUGCAUGCACCAUUUUACUCUGAAUUGAAAAGGAACUUGAAGAUCAAGACUCUUGAAGAUCUGCAGCUCAAGCCUUUACUGGCUACUUAUGUGAAGCUGAGUGUAAUGAUUAUGGUGCUCCAGACCUAUGUACCUUUGAUGGUGGCGAGUCCUUGUAUUUUUCCUUUUAUGUGUUUUGUAAAGCUGAGCUUGGCAGCCAAUGUGCCAGGAACAAAA